GAGUGUCAUUUACGGGAAUAUAGGUUUCUAAUGACCCACAUGGCACAGCGCGGUUUCAGAAAACCACCACCAGUGAAGUUUUCAGUGACUCUAAGCAGUGCCAUCUGUGUUUGUUAUCUUUCAAAAUACUUCUUUUUCCUCUGCCCUUCAGGAGAUUAUCACAGCCUGCAGUUCAGUCUCUGAGAGCUUUGUUGAUUUAUCUUCCUCCUCAAGCAAAAUAAGCAGUGAUUCCUGCAUUUCUGAAGAAGACCUCAGGAUCCGGACUCGUGGAGAUUUUCAGCAAGGCUCAGCCACACCUGGAGAGAUGAGUGAGUACAAGAGAAUUAUUCUGCUGAAAGGAUUACAGUCCAUAGAUGACUACCAGUUUAGCAUGGUUAAGUGCCUACUGGCCCAUGAUUUGGAACUGACUGCAAAAAUGCAAGAAGAAUAUAACAAGGUCAAGAUUGCUGACCUAAUGGAAAAGAAGUUCCGGGGGCCUCUCUGUGUGGACAAGCUAAUAGAUCUGUUCAAGGACAUGGAAGGACUUGGAGACAUUGUUAAAAUUCUUAAAAAUGAGAAGAAAAAAGUUAUGAGGCAAUGCAGAGUAAAAGGAAAAAUGCCCAUGAAGAAAAGAAAGCAGGAUGCAUCCAGUACUGACGAAUCCACAUCUACCAUGAACGAAGCUUUGGUAUCGGUCCAUGACAUACCCAUGUCCAAGAAAAAGAAAAUCAAAACCAAACAAAAUGAUGGAUCCAAGAGGACUCAGCCAACCCAGGCACAAAGUCACCUUCCAGGACCAUCUGUAACCAGUACACAGUCAACUCGGAGCUACCCUCAGACUCCUCAGAUGCCUCCACCAACCCCAGCCAGCAGUUCUUCAACCAAG